AUGGAUGAAGACAUUGAUGUUUUAGUUAUUGUAGAGCAGUUACGAACAGCAGGAACCGAUGCACUAAAACAGCUACCCGCUCUUGUCAAACUUGGCGAAUGGUACUUGCACAAGGCUAAGGUAACCGCAAAUGGCGCCGAUUUCACCAAAGCCGACGCGCUUUUCAACGCAGCACUUGUUAGAUCGAGACUUGCGGGUCUUGAAAUAAGCGAAAACGAAAUACUUCGAAGAAUCAUUGAGACUUAUCGCGACUUUCUGUUGACUUUGGAAAAUGGUGCGGAAGUCAGCAUAGACGAGAUUCGUCAUGAAAUUCAUUCUCAUAAGGAAUUCGUUUCCAAGGAGAGAAAGAUCUUGAAAGGGCAUCUUGAUAAAAUUGAUGAUUGCUUUAAUACGACAGAUAGGACCGAGGAUGAAUAUAAGGUACUUCAUUCGUUUUCAUCUUUCGUUUUUAUUUUGCUAUUCCGAUUAUUGCGCAAUUACUUGUGCAAGAAGCGCGCGUCAUGUGGCGCGCACAUAUUUGAGUUGACCACCGAGAAAAGAGGCGAGAGUUGUAGGAAGGGUUUAACAUGUUUUAAUGUUUCUAACCUUAAAGGGUAUUCCUUUACUAGUGCCUUGUCAAUUACAAUAGAUGAAUUAUUGAAAUGCAGGGAAAACAAGAUCCCACGAGAUUAUUUGGGCACAGCUACUAGACUUUUCGACUCAAUUGCCUUGCUUGGUAAUGUCAACAUUCAAACGUCGGGAUUGCAUGAGGCCUUUUACCCGCCUUUACUAAACCCUGCAUUAAAACCAGCUUGUAACCGAAUCCACCGACCUAAAAAAUUGCUUUUUGCUGAGGAUUUAAUGAAAACUAUAUCUGAUUCUAAACUAGAGCAAAAGAUCAUGGCUCACGAAAUGCUUUCAAAACCGCGUUAUCACCCUUACCCAUUCAGCAUCGUCAGCAAAGUAAGCCUUUUUUAUCGAAUCGGGGGAGGAAGCCUUUCCCUCCUCACACCAAUAACAGGAAUGGGAAGAAUUUCCAAGCAUCUCGUCGUUGAUUUCAAAGGUGAAGCAAUACCCUUUGAUGUUAGAAACAUACAGUAUGUCAAACCAUUUCUACAAUCUCGUCUUGCCUCUUUUGUUGGUGGUUAAAUAAGUCAUUGUUUUGCAAAGUAGCAGUCAAUUACCUCUGAUAAAUGAGCCACCAUCUCAGUGUGUUAUUCUUACAAAUUCUAUUGAGCAUAAAUCACAAACGGAAAAGGAAAUAACAAACCUGACAAAAUAACAAGUCUGGGGAAGCCCAGACCACAUAAACAAGACAUAUUCAGUGAAAGAUGAUAAUUAGAAAGUACAGAAACUCACAACCUAGGCCUCUAUUAAUAAUACACUACCCUGAGUUAUGCUAAGGUUGGGAGGUAGCCUUCUUCUGUUCAGAAUUGUAUUUUAGACAUAUUUUAAAAAUAUUUUUACACACUUUAUAAAUAAUGUUCGUUUUGUAACCAAUGCUGCUGUUACCAUGAUCAUGAACCAAAAUUUCACGAUGGUAAAGAGUAAAAAACUAACAUUCUGGCUUACAAGUCGUUAGAAUCGGGGAUGCAUGUACAUUGUUGGUGGUCAUUGGUGUGUUGAAUGUUUUGUCUAUUGGAAGAGAAUAUAUACAAUAGAUCACCAAUGAAUUACGACCAGUGUGAACCAGCAGUGGCGGAAAUUCACUUUUUCCCGGGGGGAGGGGCGAAGCCUUCUAAAUUUCCGACAAACCCCCCAUUUGCACUCGAAAAGGCUGUUUUUAGCCCUUUUAAAGGUCAAAAUUUCCGAAAAUCCGUCAUUUUCCACGAAGGUGGGGAGGGGGGGGGGGCGGCCGCCCCCUGGCCCCACCAAGAUUUCCGCCACUGUGAACCAGGCUUAGGCCAUGGUAUUUUUCGUUCGUCUUUAUUGUCAUUUUGCAAUGUUUAACAAAUACGAUAUGUUCCUGUUUAAGGUUCAUGCGGAUAAGGUGCACGACGUUUUUCGUGACAUUCAAGAUAUGUACAUCAGACUGGUGACAAUGUUUGCCAAAGAAUGUGAAAGUAGACUUGGUCAACCACCGUGUGAUUACGCCAUUAUUGCUCUGGGCUCAGUAGCACGAAUGGAAGCAACACCUUUUUCAGAUCUGGAAUUUGCUAUUCUUUACUCAGACCCAGCUAUAGGGGACAAGAUUAGCUACUUUCGAGUACUGAGCCAUUUUCUUCAUUUGAAAGUUAUUAACCUGGGCGAAACUAUCCUACCAGCUUUGGCGAUUGAACAGCUCAACGACUUUCAGUCCUCAGAUCCCGAGGGUAUUUGGUUCUAUGACUCGGUAACCCCUCGGGGUAUUUCGUUUGAUGGCGCGAUGCCGUGGGCUUCCAAAACCCCGCUAGGAAGAAUGGCAACAAAAAAUAAACCUGCACUGGAGUUGAUCAGGACACCUGAGCAAAUGGCCGAAUUACAAGAUGAAGAAAUUGCUGUAAAAGAAGGUUAUCACUUAGGUAAGGUUAUAAUAGGAACAGCGGGUGUUAGAUUACUUAGAUAUACAGCUAUUCCAAUAGGCCUAUUAAGUUUGUCACAGACAAUAGUCAAAUGUACAAUAUGAGCGCCAGACGAAUGAUGGGAAUAAUCAUAUUUUCAAUUAGUUACAUCAGUAUAACCUUGUGAAGCCAACACAUCGGUAUAACCUUGUGAAGCCAACACAUCAGUAUAACCUUGUGAAGCCAACACAUCAGUAUAACCUUGUGAAGCCAACACAUCAGUAUAACCGCCUUGUGAAGCUAACACAUCAGUAUAGCCUUGUGAAGGUAUAUAUAAAUAUCAUAUUUGUAUUUCCACGAGUUACCGAUGUGUUUUAAAACUAUGAAAUCGAUGUUCCCAUAAUUCUUGUCGUGCUCAUAUUCUACAAUUCUCUGUGACAACGUAAAUGGAAAUAGCUGUAUAAUUAACCCUUCGCUUAGUUAAGCCUGUUUAUAUAGGUGGGAACUGCAGGGAUUUACGACGUAGCAACUUGAUGACUCCACGCUUGAAGGGGACGUUCAGCAACUUUAAAAACUUUCAAAUUUAGAUUAAAACGCUAGGAACCACCACAAUAAAUGUCGCAAUUCUUAUUAUGGUAAUGUUGUCUAACUAAAUUUUUUGUUACAUUUAGCUGAUAUUAUGUCCAGAGCU